AUGUUAAAUGCUGCACCAGCAGAUGUUGAUGAUCUAGAAGUGGUGAUAGCUCCCCCCUCACUGCAUGCAGGGUUUGUUAUGCGGGGCCUAAACCGCCCGUUUCGUGUUGCUCUCCAGGAUACCUCUCUCGUUGAUUCUUUUGGUGCAUUUACAGGGGAAAUAAACCCCCAAAUGAUUAAGGAUUUCGGUAUAAAUACAGUUAUCGUUGGGCACAGCGAGAGGCGCGCGGGCUUCGGCAUUCAACCUGGAGAGAGCAACGAAGUGGUUGCAGCAAAAGCAAAGAACGCAAUAAACCACGGCCUGCAGGGAGAGAGCAACGAAGUUGUUGCAGCAAAAGCAAAGAACGCAAUAAACCACGGCCUGCAGGUCAUCGCCUGCAUCGGUGAAAGCCUUGAGACAAGAGAAAGCGGCAAAACGAUGGAGUUUCUGGGGGAGCAGCUGAAGGUAUGA